AUGGAUAAGAAAUACCCAUCUAAUAACCCAGACUGGGAUCUUUACACUGAUGAAGGGAAAACACGAUUGAGGGAUUACCAGUCCCUUGUAGUCCGAGCCAUUCGCCUUGCAGGAAAGCCUGUCAUUAAUAUGUCAAAGCCAGCUUUAGUAUUGCAGGAACCCACCGAGAGCCCAGAAGCAUUUUAUACCCGGCUGGUAGAGACAUACCAUAUGUACACCCCUAUAGACCCCUCAGCCCCUGAGAACGCGCGUAUGAUGACUAUGGCAUUCAUUUCCCAGAGUGCCUUGGACAUACGACGUAAAUUGCAACGUCUUGAGGGUGCCCUGGGAAAGCCCAUGAGCGAGCUGAUGGAAGUGGCCCGCAAGGUAUUUGCCAAUAGGGACAAAGAAGAAAAUAAAAAGAAAGAUCAAAAAAUGCAACGGAAGGCCGAGUUACUCGCGGCAGCCAUUGCAGGCCCUACAAGAGGGAAGGCCUAUGUCCCACGAGGUGCAGGGCCAGGCCUACAGACUAGGGGCAACAGUCUGCAAAGGGGGGGAAGAUGGGAAAUAGGCCCUAAUCAGUGUGCCUUCUGUAAAAGGCAAGGCCAUUGGAAAGGGGAGUGCCCUGAAAAGAAUAAUAGGGACAGGCCUGGAGACAGAAUGGGCCCCCCACGGAAUCUCUCCUUUGUUGAGGAUUGGGAAUGAAACCGACCGGGUUCAGAAAGCCUCCCAGAACCCAUGGUCAGCCUGAAAGUGGGAGGCAAGCCUGUCACAUUUUUGGUAGAUACUGGAGCCACCCGAUCCGUCCUAACUCAGCCUUUGGCCCAAGCCUCUCGGCAGACUAUUAAUAUCCAAGGGGCAACGGGGAGUACAUCCCAACGCCCCUUCUUAGAACCCCUUGAGUGUACAGUAAAGGGCCAAGCUAUUACUCAUCAGUUUGUCUACAUGCCCGAUUGCCCUAUCCCAUUAUUAGGAAGAGACUUACUUUGUAAAUUACGAGCACAAAUAUCCUUCAAAGAAGACGGCUCCAUGCACCUGGGUUAUGGGAAGUUGAAUUUGUCUGUACCCUUAGAGGAAUCCUGGCGGCUUAUGGUCGCUAGAGAUCUCAGCAACAGGAAAGAGGAAACGUGGAGACAGUUCCAAGUUCCUCAUUUGGCGUAUCCACGCCACAUUAUGCAGGCUAUUCAGGAUAUUAUUGACAUAUAUUUGGAACAUAAUAUUCUAGUGCCAACUGAGUCUCCUUGGAAUACCCCAAUAUUGCCCAUCCCGAAGGGGGAUGGCCGCUUUAGGCCGGUGCAGGAUCUCAGGCCUGUUAAUUUGGCCACGGUGACCAUCCAUCCGGUGGUGCCCAAUCCAUAUGUGAUACUAGGCCUAAUUCCCCAGGCCGCUCAGUGGUUCUCGGUCAUAGAUUUGAAGGAUGCCUUUUUCACCAUACCCAUCCAUGAACAUAGCCAACACUUGUUUGCUUUUGAAUGGGAGAAUCCCGUCACAGGACGAAAACAGCAGUACACUUGGACAAGGCUGCCUCAGGGGUUUAAAAAUUCACCAACUCUCUUUGGGGCAGCUCUGGCCAGGGAUCUAGAAGCAUUGCACACCCCAGCCCCUGACGUGGUGUUGCAAUAUGUAGAUGAUCUCCUAGUGACAGGACUCAAUGAGGAACUCUGCUGGGACAAUACCAGAAACUUACUUUCCCUCUUGCAGAGUUUAGGAUAUAAAGCCUCUAGGAACAAAGCACAAUUAGUUUUACAGAAGGUCAGGUAUUUGGGUUAUGACAUUGAACAAGGGAAGAGGACACUAGGCCAUGCGCGCAAGGAGGCUAUCUGUCAACUUCCUAGGCCAACUAGCAGAAAAGACUUGAGGGGAUUUCUGGGAGCGGCAGGGUUCUGUCGUAUAUGGAUUCCCAACUUUAGCCUCAUUGCACAACCUCUCUAUGAGGCCACAAAAGGGGCCGAUAAAGACCCACUCCAGUGGGCCGGUGAGGAGGAAGCCAGCUUCCUCUUACUCAAACAGGCUCUAUUGCAAGCUCCUAGUUUAGGCCUCCCAGAUUUGGAAAAGCCAUUCCAGCUAUUUGUGGACACUAAACGGAAUGUUGCAGUGGGCGUCCUCACCCAGGUCAUUGGCACUUGGCACCGCCCUGUGGCAUACCUGUCUAAACAACUUGACAAUGUUGCCAAGGGGUGGCCCACUUGUCUUAAGGCUGUGGCUGGGACAGCCCUCCUGACCCAAGAGGCCAGUAAAUUGACCUUUCGUCAGCAAUUGGAUAUUCGAACCCCCCAUGCCCUUAGAUCGGUUUUGGAAAUGAAGGGACACUUGUGGUUGACCAACCCCCGAAUGCUCAAGUACCAAGCACUCCUCACUCACAACCCCAUGGUAACCAUUACCCAAUCCACCUCCUUGAACCCUGCCACACUCUUGCCCGAGCCUGACACAGAAUUAGUUCAUGACUGCAUCCACACAAUUGAGGAAACGUAUGCUAGUCGCCCUGACAUGAAGGAUGUGCCCCUCUCUGCUCCUGACUACACCUUAUUCACAGAUGGGACUAGUUACUUACACGAGGGGAUUAGGAAAGCAGGGUAUGCUGUGGUCACUCUAGAUGAGGUAUGGGAAGCUGCACCACUGCCCCCGGGCACCAGUGCCCAACUAGCUGAAUUGCAUGCGCUCACACGAGCCCUUGAACUAGCUGAUGGUUUGGCUGUUAACAUAUAUACAGACUCAAAGUAUGCCUUUCUUACCGUCCAAGUUCACGGAGCUCUGUAUAAGGAAAGGGGACUUAUUACGGCAGGGGGUAAAGAUAUUAAAUAUGGUCCACAGAUAUUACGUCUCCUAGACAGUGUGUGGGCCCCGAGCAAGGUGGCAGUCAUACAUUGCCGUGGACACCAGAGGGUAGUAACGGACAUACACAGGGGCAAUGAGCGUGCCGAUAAAUUCGCACGUGAA